CAUGCUCUCUACUAUGUAGGCCGACCUCAGGUUAUGAGGGUAUCAAAGUUAUUUUAAAGACUGUUUCUGAUUUUAAGACUUUUGAUGGUUUGAACGAAAUUGCCCAUUUUGCAUGUAGGGAAGCUUUUCUACCAUUUAUGCAGUGUCGCAAGAUGACUUCACUUAUUUUCAUGUAACUGCUGUUGUGCGGGAAAAGAAAAGCGUUCGACCCGGUGGCAUGAAAAGCAACAAAGGAAGAGUAAUUUCCUACUCAGGUGUGAUCGACUUUUCCUCCGAGGACUGCUCGCACCAUCAAGCAACAGGUAGUCCUUUCAGGGUUUAAACCAGCCAAGCCUACCCCGAGUGACUCCGGACCAACAUGGCAGGCGCUGAAGAUGCGAAGGGGAAAGUGGAUUUGUUGGAGGAUAACCGAAUAGACUCUGGUGUUGAAUCCUUCCAAUCUUUUACGAAAGAUGACCCCUUUAAUAAAACGGUACGGGAUUCGACUUCUGAAUCCAGUGAAGCCAGGGACAAAUUUAGCAACAACACAGAGGAGAGGUUAGAUUCUGCUUAUGGCUCGUCGUCACUAACUGUUGAGAAUUUCAGUGAGAUUAUAGAGGGCUGCAACAUUUCGGAGUCUGAAGAUGACAGUGCGGAGAAUACAGAAUUUGAACAUAAAGAGAACCUUCUCACCAGCAUCACUGAAGAUGGAGACACGUAGGCCUAAGUUUUUUUAUAUUUACAUUUUUAAACUAAUACAUAUUUUAAUGUAUCCUAUGGCUAUGUUCUUCAAUAAGUAAAAUGUGUCCAUGUUAUGGUGAAACGAUGUAUCAAGAAAACACGCAUGUGUGCAAUCGUAACCGUGUUUAUUUUGCAUUUAAUUGACACAUUUUUCAAUAUAGAUAAAAGUAGGGCCAACCGUAAUUUGAGUUUAAUUUUCCUAUCUCCUUUAAUCCCAAUCACUGUAUCCAUAAUGACAUUUCACAGUCUAAAAUGCAUAGCAUAGGCUAUUGAGUUACCAAUUGGGCCAUGAUUACAGUUUUAUCAACCAAUUUAAUCCUAAUGCACAAUGUGAUGUCUGCUCUACCCCAUACAUUUGUGCUUAUCCAAAAACCAACCCUUCACCCCAAGCCCCUAGAGAUGCUCCCAGAUACACCCUGCAGAUCUGACAGAAUUGGUUUGGUGUUGCUAUUUGGUUGUCCUCUUAUGGGGUUUCAACUGGCCAUGAGAGCAUAGACUAAAAUUACCACUGUCAUCAAACAGAAUAUGUUUUCUUUGACAUCAUCAUGUCUGGUGGGAUGACUGGAUGUCUGAGUGUGUUAACCACAAUAACAAUUUGAAGAUGGAUGCAUUUUUGUAGGCUAGGCCUACUGCACGAAUUUGCAGCUUAACACUCAAGCCACCCACAGUGUUGCAGCUAUCAAUUAAUAAAAGGCUUGGGGGAUAGGUAGUAGUUUUGGCCUGCGCUGGAGAAAUUCAGCUCUUUCUUUGCAUGUGUCAUUUUAAUCCUAUUCCCAAUCAUUAUAGCAUGUGAUGUCGACUAAGAAGAGAUUUUAAGUUUGGAGUGAUACACUCAGGCCUGUGAAAGCUGUCAUGAUAUGAUUGUUGAUGUGUAUGGACUCCUGUAGGGUGCCUCGACUUGGAAAGCAGAAGUGUAAGACAUGGCCGUGGAAAUUCCCCAUGAUAGAAGGAAGGGCACAUGUUCACGUAGUACUUCUCUCUCUAGGUCCGAUAAUAGGCUGAUCAAUGAAAUUCAUACAAUUGUCACACACGCAGUCACAGACGUGCAGACUUUUGUCCUUAUCGGCCUUCUACAUGUGAUUUUGCAUUCCACUCAUCGUCUUGGCUUUGUCUUUGGAGUCCGUAUACUCUGAAAGAUAUUGUGUUGAUCGCUAUCAAUUGUUCAAAGUCAUAGUGAGUCUGUGUAACGAUUCCAUUGAUAGAGUAACAGCUUUUUUGUCUCUGACCUCCUUUCAUAUCCUCGCUCUCAUUGUCUAACUAUGUCACAAGGAAGCAUUCUCUAGCCUGCACUAUAGUUACCGAACAACAGAAAGAACCCACAAUACAUUACGUCAAUCGUCUGACUUGAGAAAGUAUCAUGGUGCAGGCAUUUAAUUUCCCCCAUGGGAUUUUUUUAUUUGUUUUAUCUUACUCAACCGUUAUUCAAACUAGUAAGUCCCAUUGAGAUAAAAAAAAAUACGUAUAUUUUCAGAGGAAGAUCUUGCCAAGAGAUGCAUUUUGCAUUUGAAUAUAGACCUUGUACCAUUCAAAGUUGAAAGAAUGCUGGCAAGCUCUGUAGUCUGGUCCCAGAUCUGUUUGUCACACUAAACAUUGACCAUAGGAGUUGGCAAGACGGCACAAACAGAUCUGGGACCAGGCUACUGGCUCUGCUUUGAAGAGGAGUUAUUGGACAAUAAUCUCCGGUUAUAAGGGGUGACUGUGACUAUAGUGACAUACUUGUGCAAGUAAAUGUUUGUUUUUUUAAGUUGCUUUUUUUAUAUAUCAAAUGGAUUGUCUUAAAAUGAAGUCACAAGAUAAAUUGAUUUGCCUGACGACAUUUAGCUUGGAACAAGGUUAGGCUAAACAAGUUACUACUUUCUCAUCAGUUAGUUAGGUAGACAAUGAGUGGCUCCCAAUUGGCACCCUAUUCCCUAUAUAGUGCCCUGGUCAAAAGUAGUGCACUAGGUAGGGAAUAGAGCCCUGGUCAAAAGUAGUGCACUAUGUAGGGAGUAGUGUGUGAACAAUGUCUUCUGGAAAGCCUUGUCGUAGGUUAAAUAUAGCACGGCGGUGGCCUUGUUCCAUUUCCUGCAUUUGGCUAUUUUAUCUGCUAGAACUUCCCCUUUAGAUUUUGGGGCAAGAGUUUCUUGUUGCUGUUGUUUUCCACUUUGUAUUUAUCAAAUGUCAUGACAGUGUAUAUGGGCUGCAGUAAAGAACACAAUGCAUUGCAUUUGCUAUUAUAACGGAGUAGUUCAAGUCCAUAGGCCUGAGCCUUGUGUUAGCUGAACAUUCGGCAAUAACCCGUUGGUUCUGUUUGUUCGAUCUUAGGAUAUUAUCCAAAUAACUUGAGUUCAGUUACGACGAAUGACAACUGAGAAGAUAAAUAUUUGAAAAGUGCUUUGUGGAAUCAAACAUCCUCUUGACAUGACUAUCCUUUGCAUAAAAGUUCCAUUAUUGCGCAACAUUCACAACCACUGAGCACUGUGUGGCCUACUAAGCAGUUUUCAUUUAUGGGAUGCUAUGUGCUACAUUUCCAGGUAGGUCUAGAUGUCGUUCUAAGAAUUCUCAAGCAGGUAAUUCUUUCCAUCACAUGAUGAAAUCCAUUUAUUAUAUCCUGUGGCUGCUCACAUGUAAAUGUUUAAAUUAAAGUAACUAGAAAUGUAAUGAGAAACUUUUCCACUCUCCCCAGGCUGCUCACUUUUCAGUUGAAUGCAACUCAAAACUGCUUUUGCUUGCUGUGCGGCCUAGGCUGUGUUACUGCAAAAGCACUUUGUGACAACUGCAAUGUAAAAAAGGCUUCAUAAAUGAAUCUGAUAGAUGUAUUAUUUACAUUUGAUAAAAAAAAGUUUUGUUUUUGUCGCCCCCUCCAGACUCCUGCAUUUAGCCAUCAUCCAUGAAGAUGAACACUUUGCUCGUCAAUUGAUACAGCUGUUCCCCAAAGAUGUCUUGGACAUCCAGAACAACUUGUACCAGGUACAGAAGACACAGCAACAUCCCCUUCUCUUUACAGCCUGAACACGGGGACUGGUGUACUGAAACUACUUAACCUUCAUGAUCCUUCCUCUUGACGAUUGCAACUGCCAAUGUUUAUGAUAACAACAGAGAUGAUCCUGUAGUUCAAGAGAAGUAUCUUCCCUGUUCUCCAGUAGUACAUCCUCUUACUGGAACGGGUUCAGUGGGUGAGAGGGGUUCUAGGGUUAUUUAUCAAAUCAAAUCAAAUCAAAUUUUAUUGGUCACAUGCGCCGAAUACAACAGGUGCAGACAUCACAGUGAAAUGCUUACUUACAGCCCUUAACCAACAGUGCAUUUAUUUUUAACAAAAAAAGUAAAAAUAAAACAACAACAAAAAAAGUGUUGAGAGAAAAAAGAGCAGAAGUAAAAUAAAGUGACAGUAGGGAGGCUAUAUAUACAGGGGGGUACCGUUGCAGUCAAUGUGCGGGGGCACCGGCUAGUUGAGGUAGUUGAGGUAAUAUGUACAUGUGGGUAGAGUUAAAGUGACUAUGCAUAAAUAAUUAACAGAGUAGCAGCAGCGUAAAAAGGAUGGGGUGGGGGGGCAGUGCAAAUAGUCCGGGUAGCCAUGAUUAGCUGUUCAGGAGUCUUAUGGCUUGGGGGUAGAAGCUGUUGAGAAGUCUUUUGGACCUAGACUUGGCACUCCGGUACCGCUUGCCGUGCGGUAGCAGAGAGAACAGUCUAUGACUAGGGUGGCUGGAGUCUUUGACAAUUUAAUAAGGGAGUAAAUUGAAAUUGGAUACUCGCCUGCUUUCCCAUGUUCAAAAACAAGAAAUCUUAUCUGGAAUAUUUUUGCCUCUAAGGCUGAGAUUACACAGGCAGCCCAAUUCAGAUUUUUUUUAUCUUCACUAAUUGGUCUUUUGAUCAAUCACUUAUGAUCUUUUCACAUCAGAUCUUUUUCAUAGCUGAUCUGAUUGGUCAAAAAAACAAUUGGUGGAAGAAAUAUCAGAACUGGGCUGCCUGAGUAAACGCACAGUGCAUAUUUUAGAGGAGGUUUGAGUGAACAUGAAGGGUGUGGGGUGUAACCUGUCACUUACAGGGGCGAGGGAGGUAUGAGGGGUGGUGAGGCAAGCUGACGGGGCGUUAGAGAAAUCCUGAUGGGUCGGAGAGGAAAAUGUCUAGGAGGGCAGAAAUGACAGUCAGCAUUUUGCACCGUGACUCACACACAUAUAGCCUUGUUCUAUCUUUGUUCUGUUAGCAUUUACCAAAAGCCACACAAGCAAUGGUGGCCCUACUGGUUAUAUUAGUCAGCCCUACCCAGUUCAAUCAGCAGUUUCAUAUUGAGAUGCCUCAGGUCUAACAAUGCAUUUUUGCUAAUCACCUCACUUGGCAUUAAAGAGUUGAACUAUUCUAUAGUAAAGAUCAGUCAAAGAUACUAGCUACUGUACUUAAGAACCUAUAUCGGCUUUUAGCAACGCUGAUUGUACUCAAAUCACUUUGAAAGAGGGUCCAUACUGACUCCAAGUCAGAUAUCACUGUCAAUGUUGGGUGGGCUGGCAGCCAUAUUGAGUGUACCAUGGGAGUUAUUAUUUUCUAUGCAUGUUCCCAGACACCGCUACACCUAGCCACCUACCUGAGCCUUUCUUCGGUGGUGCGGGGCCUGGUGGAGAGCGGGGCCAGCCUGGAGCUGCAGGACCAGGAGGGGAACACGCCGCUCCAUGUGGCCUGCGAACACGGCCGGGCCGAGUGCGCCACCGAGAUGACCCGGGAUGUCUCCUCCAGCAAGCUGGACCCUGUGCUGGAGUCCCAGAACUGGAGAGGUGAGAAAGCAGGGCCCAUAUUAAUUUGUCACCAAAAGAGAAAAAAAAUGACUGAAACAGGGAGGGACUACCUUGACAUCUGUUGCAAAAUGUUUUGCUACGGUAUGCACAAAUGAAAACAACUCUGGGCCACCUUUAGUAGGCAAAUGUGUAACGUUGCAGAUAGAAAUGUCAUAAAUAGAGCUGACGCAAUGCCUUAUUCUACAUGUCAGGGAUAAAUGUUCUACUUAAUGUAUUUCUAUCUGAACAUUCCAUAACGUUUGCCUACUUACCAGGGCCCAGGAUGAUCAGCUUGUAGGCAGUGUACAAGGCUAUAACAAUACCAUGAUGUGAUGGCUCUUUAUUUAAUGUAACUUCCUGUUGAUGUGUUGGCGUCUUCAGCAUGUCGGCGUCUAUGCGAGGAUGUGCCCACCUCACGUGUUGUGUUUUAUUGCAACAUUGCACUGUGCGAGACAAAAUUGGUGUAAAUUAAUCAUUGUUGCUGUCUAGCUAGUUUUCGAUGUUUCCGGCUUUGCAGAUGUGUAUCAUGUUUAUAUUUGUAAACAAUUGUAUAUUUUGUUCGAUAUGUAGGUUAUGUGCAUGUGUGUCACGUGGCAUGACCUUACCGACUCUUGUUUGAUACUAGCUAUAACAUCUACUCAAAUUCAUCAAAUCCCACAUUCAGAAAGGUGGUUUUUGAAAGGAAUAUGUUCUUUUUCAGGUCUCACCUGUCUCCACCUAGCCACUGUGAACAGGCAGCAUCGUCUGAUGAAGCUACUGAUGAAGAAAGGGGCAGACCUCAACCUCCAGGUUAGUCCAGUGACUCCCCCGGGUCUACUCCAUUACAAUAACCUCCCUAUGAGCACUAGAUGUUGAAAAGACGUUGAGAAAAGUAUUUCCGGUCACAAAAUAAAAUAAAAUAAAUGUUAUCUAACUAGGCAAGUCAGUUAAGAACUAAUUCUUAUUUACAAUGACGGCCUACCAAAAGGCAAAAGGCCUCCUUUUGGGGGCUUGGAUUAAAAAUAAAUAAAUAAAUAAAAUAUAGGACAAAACACACAUCACGACAAGAGAGACACCACAACACUACAUAAAGAGAGACCUAAGACAACCGCAUGGCAGCAACACAUGACAACACAGCAUGGUAGCAACACAACAUGACAACAACAUGGCAGCAGCGCAACAUGGUAGCAGCACAAUGAAUGGAACAAACAUUAUUGGGCACAGACAACAGCACAAAGGACAUUGAAAAUACCUCUCAACCAAUUUUGCUCACUGGGCUUGUAUUAUUGACGUAGUGUAUUACAUUGUGCUAUAAUACUGUAGUUAGUACUUUUUUUUUUUUUUUUUAUUUUUUUAUUUAACCUUUAUUUAACCAGGUAAGCCAGUUGAGAACAGGUUCUCAUUUACAACUGCGACCUGGCCAAGAUAAAGCAAAGUAGUGCAAUAAAAACAACACAGAGUUACAUAUGGGGUAAAAAACAUAAAGUCAGAAAUACAACAGAAAAUAUAUAUACAGUGUGUGCAAAUGUAGCAAGUUAUGGAGGUAAGGCAAUAAAUAGGCUAUAGUGCAGAAUAAUUACAAUAGUAUUAACACUGGAAUGCUAGAUGUGCAAGAGAUUAUGUGCAAAUAGAGAUACUGGGGUGCAAAAGAGCAAAAUAAAUAACAAUAUAGGGAUGAGGUAGUUGGGUGGGCUAAUUUCAGAUGGGCUGUGUACAGGUGCAGUGAUCGGUAAGGUGCUCUGACAACUGAUGCUUAAAGUUAUUGAGGGAGAUAAGAGUCUCCAGCUUCAGAGAUUUUUGCAAUUCGUUCCAGUCAUUGGCAGCAGAGAACUGGAAGGAAUGGCGGCCAAAGGAGGUGUUGGCUUUGGGAAUGACCAGUGAGAUAUAUAUAUCAGUGAGAUAUACUAACAUACAGUUAGUACUUCAAUGUGUCAUUGCUAAAUCCUCUUAAUUUGUAGUAGGGCAGAGAAAUAUUUACUUCGACAUAGAUGAUCAAACUACAAUUUACUGUCUUAAGUGAAUGCAUCAUGUCAUAAUGAGUGCAUGUGAUACAUUAAUGAGCACAUGGUAUUUAUUUAGAAGUAUUUAGAAGUACAGAGUGUCUCCCUCAAGCUACGUACUUCACUGCUUUACUGUACUCCCCUGUCUACUGCACUGGUGUAGUGAUACUGAUAGUGUAAUGGCCCUGAGCUCAGCGCGUUCUGAUAAAUUAGAGUUUGAUGUACUGGGAGCUUUAUCUGGAGCAGCUAGACUUGUCAGAGAAGAGGCCCGGGCCAGCAAGUCUGAGUCACAUACAGAUAGAUAUAGAACACAACAUAGCAGGCUGACCUAACCCUACCCUAGAUAUCAUUCUGUGCUAAAUAAACCUGCUGUACAGGAGAUAUCAAGCUGCCUCAUUUUAUGUUUUCAGUAUUUGAAUGAAUAGAAAUUAUAUUGAAGAGGACAGUUUAUAAAAUGUCCUAAGAUUUGUUGACCCUUUGCUCCCUACCUUUGCGCCUUUCCCUCACCCCAUCCUAUUUUUGAGGGGACAUUUUAUUUAUCGAGUCCCUCACCCUCGCCUGUCUUCUCUCUCCCGCAGGAAGGUACGAGUGGUAAAACGUCUCUCCAUCUGGCAGUGGAGCUCCAUGACAUUGUCUCUAUGACGCUGCUACUGAACAAGGGAGCCGAUGUGGACGUGGCGAUGUUUAACGGCUGCACGCCACUUCACCUCGCCGUGGGCCGGCAGGACGCAGCCAUCGCCAACCUGCUCUGCCAGUCCGGGGCUGAUAAGCUGCUGAGGAACAUGGAGGAUGAGACAGCCAUGGAUCUAGCUGGCGGCAAUGAUGAUGUGAGAUAUACAGGAAGGGCCAGUGUCCUACACACAAUCCUCCAUUGAACAUGCUUUUUAGUCCAGGACUAUAGUUAUAGCCUUAAUCUACACUAUAUAUACAAAAGUAUAUGGGCACCCCUUCAAAUUUGUGCAUUCGGCUAUUUCAGCCACACCCGUUGCUGACAGGUGUAUAAAAUCGAGCACACAGCCAUGCAAUCUCCACAGACAAACAUUGGCAGUAGAAUGGCCUUACUGAAGAGCUCAGUGACUUUUAACGUGGCACCGUCAUAGGAUGCCACCUUUCCAACAAGUCAUUUCGUCAAAUGUCUGCCCUGCUAGAGCUGCCCCGGUCAGCUUUAAGUGCUGUUAUUGUGAAGUGGAAAAGUCUAGCAGCAACAACAGUUCGGCUGCAAAGUGGUAGGCCACACAUGCUCACAGAACGGGACCACCGAGUGCUGAAGCGCGUAGCGCGUAAAAAUAGUCUGUCCUCGGUUGCAACACUCACUACCGAGUUCCAAACUGUCUCUGGAAGCAAUGUCAGCACAAUAACUGUUUGUCGGGAGCUUCAUGAAAUGGGUUUCCAUGGCCGAGCAGCCGCACACAAGCCUAAGAUCACCAUGCGCAAUGCUAAGCGUCUGCUGGAGUGGUGUAAAGCUCGCCGCCAUUGGACUCUGGAGCAGUGGAAACGCAUUCUCUGGAGUGAUGAAUCACGCUUCACCAUCGGGCAGUCCGACGGACAAAUCUGGGUUUGGCGGAUGCCAGGAGAACGCUACCUGCCCCAAUGCAUAGUGCCAACUGUAAAGUUUGGUGGAGGAGGAAUAAUGGUCUGGGGCUGUUUGUCAUGGUUCGGGCUAGGCCUUUGGUUCCAGUGAAGGGAAAUCUUAACGCUACAGCAUACAAUGACAUUGUAGACGAUUCUGUGCUUCCAACUUUGUCGCAACAGUUUGGGAAAGGCCCUUUCCUGUUUCAGCAUGACAAUGCCCCCGUGCACAAAGCGAGGUCCAUACAGAAAAAUUGUUUGUCAAGAUCGGUGUGAAAGAACUUGACUGGCCUGCACAGAGCGCUGACCUCAACCCCAUCGAACACCUUUGGGAUGAAUUGGAACGCUGAUUACGAGCCAGGCCUAAUCGCCCAACAUCAGUGCCCGACCUCACUAAUGCUCUUGUGGCUGGUUGGAAGCAAGUCGUCGCAGCAAUAUUCCAACAUCUAGUGGAAAGCCUUUCCAGAAGAGUGGAGGCUGUUAUAGCAGCAAAGGGGGGACCAACUCCAUAUUAAUGGCCAUGAUUUUGGAAUGAGAUGUUCAUGUAGUGUAUGUCUGGGAAACCAGCUCAAAGUAUUUAGUGUAUUUGGUGUGUGACUCGAAGUCUGAUGAUAAUCACUGAGAAUGCUAGAAAUUCAUAUUUUUGAUGAUGGGGGGGGUUUAACAUCCCCAAUGUAUUUCCUGUUGUGAAGGAGAAUGACUGGAUUGUUGUCUGGUCAGAGGUAGAAAAUAUCAUGUGAAAUGUAACCCCCCCACCAUAUGCUUUUCUUUCAGAUCCUUGCUCUUUUCCCUUUUGAUGACAUCCAAAUCCAGGGUAGGUCAGUGGUUAGAGUGCCAUUCUGACCGUGUACUUCUCUCACCACCUGAAUACUCUACAACUGGUGACAUUUGACCUCUUGAACAUCAUCAUGGAGCCUCGUCAGAAAACUGUAGCUUUACAUCAAUCACGUUUGUAAUUUGCUAUUUUUAAGGUGAUUUUUCAUUUAUAUAAAUCUUCGCUACAGGGUUAUUUAUCGUUGUUGUGCAGUGUAUAUGUGAAUGUGUGCGCUCUUUAGACAUUCACGUUGAAAAGUUGCUUAUUCUCUGCUAGCAAAGUGGUACAAAGGUGUAAUAUUAUUUGAUGGUUGAUACCCGUUUUCAAAUGCAGCAAAAUCAGCAGGAAAAUCUAAUGGAGACUUAAAUGAUACAUAUUUUCUCAUACAAGGUAACUGAUUUACUACCAAAAACAAAUGUAUGAAUAUGAGCGGAAAUAAUUCAAUUAAAAUGUUUAAUUUCCCUACAAAGUACACAGGGAAUCUACCUCUUUAUCACGUGUGUAUAAUAACAGAUUAUAGUGGGACAUUUAGCUUCAACACAUACAAAAUGCAUUGCUUUCGUGCUAUAAAUGAACAUUGUUUCAGCUUUCAAAUUGAAAAUGUUUUUCAAUUAUACUUUAGUCACUGUAAAUCUGUUGACAUGGAGCGAAGUUCUUUAUUAUCAUAAUUUAAUAUCUUUCAAUGUAUAUUUAAUUGAUCGGUUUCUGCUUUGAAUGCAUUGCCUUUCCAGUAUCUGUAUUGGUAAGACACAUUAAACAGCUGUAUUUUCGAUACAGUCAAAUAUUCCCUAUUUUACCAUCUUUCUCCUCCUUCAUCUCUGAUAAAUCAGGUAUGAUCCUUGUUAUGGUGUACUGAAUCAGACUGGCUUGUUUAGAUGUUUUGCCUUCUUUUAACACUUCCAAACUCUUAUAUUUUGUAAUAAAAUAAAUAAACC